UUGAAAUGCAGAAAUACGCCGGUACACAAGGUGGCGCUGCACAACUUUUCGUUUCUGACACACGCUCAUCACUGAGAAGAAGAAGAAGCAGCAGCAGCAGCAUUAUUAUUUACGUAUUUACAAGCACGUUUUUUGCGUACUGGCUAAGUGAGAGUGAGAAUGGAUUUGUCAAGCUGUAGUAACUGUAGCUGUAGUUUCAGCAGCAGCAGCAGCAGCAGCAGUAGCAGCACCAGCAGUAGUAGUGAUGAAGAAAUAAUUGUUCUGUUGAGUGAAGAAAGACACAAGAAAAGACCUCGGAAAAGACGCCGAUAUUGGAUCCACCCCAUACUGAAGAGAAGAGAAGAGCAUGGGGAGUUCCAUCGCCUGAUACAGGAGCUGAAGCUGUAUCAUGAAGGGUUCCGGCGGUACUUCGGGAUGUCCGUCAGUGAUUUCGAAAAUUUACUCCAAAUGCUGGCGCCGUCGUUGAGAAAAGAGCACACACACUACCGCAAACCAAUCGAGCCAGAGCAGCGUUUAACCGUGUGUUUACGGUUUCUGAUCACUGGGGACUCGUACCACACAAUUGCAUCCAGUUUUAGACUUGGUGUUUCCACUGUUUCUUUGAUCGUGAGUGAGACCUGUGACGCGAUUUGGCAUUGCCUCAGAGAUGAACAAUUGCCAGUGCCUACUGAAGAGAUGUGGAAGAACACAGCCAGGAGGUUCAACGAUCGAUGGAAUUUCCCAAACUGCUUGGGAGCGAUGGAUGGGAAGCGCGUGUUAUGUAAUUAUAAAGGUACGUUCUCAGUAGGUUUGCUGGCCCUAGUUGAUGCUGAUUGCCGCUUCCUGAUGGUGGAUGUGGGAAGCUUUGGCAGCAACAGUGAUGGAGACAUCUUUGCCGAUUCUGCGCUGGGAAAGGCGCUCAGAGAUGGAAGUCUGAAUGUUCCACCACCGAGCGAACUUCCAGGUGCCCCAGAGUUGGGAAAAGUUAAGCACGUCAUCGUGGCGGAUGAAGCUUUUCCUCUGAAACCGUAUCUCCUCCGGUCAUACCCUGGACGCCGGCUCCCCACGGACAUGAGGAUUUUCAAUUAUCGCUUGUCUCGGGCACGACACGUCUCUGAAAAUGCCUUCGGCAUCCUCAGCCGACGCUUCAGGGUUUUCAGAAGAAGUUUACAGGUUCGACCGGCUGUCGUUGACAAAGUUGUCAAAGCCGCUUGUGCGUUGUGUAACUAUUUACGCUCGGACGGAAGCGACCAGGAUCAUGCCCCAGAGGAUGACCACGAUUAUGCGCGAACGCUACAAGCUUUCAAACGUUGCCGGGGGCGGCGGGCAACUGCGGAGGCACAAAAUGUCCGAGAACUGUACAAAGACUACUUUAACUCGCCAGCAGGAGAAGUUGCUUGGCAGUAUGACCAUGUGAACCACAGCUCGGAGAACUGAUGAAACAACACUGUUCAUUUGUGUGACGUUCAUUUCCAGCUUUUGAAAACGGCUUACUGUAGAUAUUUUUUUUCCUUUACUUGCAAUUUCUCUGUGAACUUGAAUAAAAUUGAAUCUUAUCUAUUGUC